AAUUUACAGCAAACUUCACUUUGUUUUGGGAGACAGUCGAGUGAAUUUCGCAAAAAUAGUAAAUUCCUGCGGAAAUCCCCAGUAUUUACGAAUCUUCCCAUAUAAUCUUUGAGUGAGUAACUGGAAGAGCUUGUGUCACUGCUCCAGAAUGCCUCAGGGACGCAGGAAGAUUGCCUUUAGUGGGAAAAAGAAGAAGGUGCAGCUUGCGGCGAAGAAGCAGGCGAAGAUUGUCCAUGCGAAUCCUUUUCUGCUGAACAAGACCCUGAAGGAGGAGGGAGCAGAUGAUGCAGGUCGGAAGAGCGAGGAUCUGGAAGUGCAGAAGCUGAACUAUCAGCCAGGCAGGGAUGGACGGUACGUCUUCCACUUCUACCGGGAGUCGGACAGGCAGGUGAAGGAGGCGAAGGAGGUGGCCAAGAAACCGCUGAAUCCAGUGCCGCCUCAGGCGCUCGAGGUGGGCGACAACUUCUUCGUGGGAUACGGCUUUCCGCAAAGGCCACCGUGGCACUACGAGAUGUCCAAGGAGAAGCUGGAGUGGAAUGAAAACAAGUACUUUAGGGAUUACAUGCAAAAUCUGGAGAAGGUGCACUACGAUGACAAGAAAAUUCUCAGCUUCUGCGAGCUGAACUUGGAGACGUGGCGGCAGCUGUGGCGAGUUCUCGAGAUCUCGGACAUUUUCCUGCUCAUCGUAGACAUCCGCUUCCCCACACUCAUGUUCCCGCCUUCAGUGUAUCAACACGUGCAGGAGCUGGGCAAGAGUAUGAUUCUGGUGCUGAACAAGAUUGAUCUCGUGCCUCCGGCUGUGGUGCUGGCGUGGAAGAAGUACUUUGAGGAGAAAUACCCACAGCUGCACAUUCUCGCCUUCACGUCCUUUCCCUCCUACAAUUUGCGCGGGCCUCAGGGCUCUUCCACGGGCGUGCAGAUCCGUCGUCGCCGCGGGAAGAUGAGAAUGGCGGCGGAGGGUGCGUAUGAAGUGUACAAGGCAGUGAAUGAGAUUGUGGGCGGCUCUGUGGACAUCGCCAGCUGGGAGUCGAAGAUUCUGGAGGAGUUGAACCUGAGCGACGGCGAGGAGGAGGACGCAGAGCCCGAGACGCCGGAAGUUGUGCACGAGGAGGAAAAGGAUCUCGUUUUCCAGAAGUAUGUGCGCCACAAAAACGGCAUUCUAACCAUUGGCUGUCUGGGCUUCCCGAAUGUGGGCAAGUCCUCUCUCAUGAAUGCCCUGAUGGGUCAGAAGGUGGUGAGCGUGAGUCGCACUCCAGGCCACACGAAGCACUUCCAGACCAUUUUCCUCACUCAAAACGUCCGACUGUGCGACUGUCCAGGGCUGGUGUUUCCCUCGUCCGCGCCGAGGAGUCUCCAGGUGUUGAUGGGCAGCUACCCCAUAGCCCAAUUGAGGGAGCCCUACGCUGCCAUCCGCUACCUCUGCGAGCGAGUCGAUCUCAUCUCCCUGCUCGCUCUCAAGCACGAGUAUCACGAUCCUGAGGACGGCUGGUCGCCGAUAGUGGUUUGCGAUGAGUGGGCAGUGAAGAGAGGCUUCCUCACGGCUAAAGUGGCCCGUCCGGCGACCUACAGAAGCGCCAAUCAUCUCCUGAGAAUGGCUCUGGAUGGCAAAUUCAAUCUCCAUCUUCUGCCGCCGGAUUUCAUCAGGGAUGAGGCCUCUUGGCUGGAUCAUCCCGAAUUGAAGGACAUCAUCGCGAUCCAAAACAAGGACCCCAAGCUGAGUGAGAUCAGUUUCGUCAACUUCACUGACUCGGAGGAUGAGAAUGAGGAGAGUUCUGAAGAGGAGGGAGAUGACAAAGGCGAUUCGUCCUCUAUUCCAACAACGUCCAAUGUCUUCUCCCUUUUGAAUGCUGAUGGAAUUUAAACCUUUUUUGGAUGGAAUUUGUGAGUUUGUUUCGUUAAAUUGUGCGAUUUGUCCACCAAUUAGAGCUUUUUAGUGCAAAUUCUGUGUUUUUUAUUAGUCUUUGAAAUUGUGAACUUUUUG